AUGUCUGAGAAUACACUUUUCAAUGAGUGUUUAGCCUGCAAGAUGAAAUUUGAGACAAGACAAUAAUUGGAGAACCAUGUCAGGAAGGUAAUUAUUCAAGAUUUAACAGAAUAGUUUUGUGUGAGUUCAGAUUAUGGGUCUUAAAACAAAUUAGAAGAGAAAUACUAGAGAGAAUUAUUGAAUUUAAAAAAGAGCAAUGUUCCUGGCGCAAGAGAAAUCAUAGAGCCUGGUAGACCUCCACCAGGUUAAUAACAAAAGAACUAACUAUCUCUAGAAGCCUUAAAGGAUUAGAUGAAAUAAUAGGACGAUGAAUUCAAAAGAUUAAAUAGAAUGGCUUAGAGAAGAAGAGAGGAUGAAAUGGAAGAUGAAUUGAAUAAACUCAAAAAUGAUAGACAACAGAUCAAAAUGAAAAGGGAUGAUGACAGAUAGGCAUUCGAAGAAUUGUUACAUGAGGUUGAAUAGAAAAAGGAGAAGGAAAUCAGGGCUAGAAUUGAAAAAGAUGAGAUUCGAAGAGCCUUGAUGGACUUGGAGAAAGCAAAAUUAACAGCGAUUGAAUAAGAGAGGAAAAGAGAGUUGGAGAAACUCAUUGCUGAAAGGGAGGCUCUCAGAAUGAAAGAAAAUGAACUCAUUAAAGAUAUUGAAUCGAUGGAAUAGAAUACGAAAAUGCUUGAUUAGAUGAGGUAAGAAGAAGUCUCUAAAAUCAAUAAUGUAAUUGAAGGAAUGCAAUUAAAACAAAAAAACAAUACAAAACUAAAUGAGGAUCUCAUUCAUGAGAGAUCAGACAAUGUGGCCAAGUUAAAAUUAAAGAGAGAAUAAUUAGAGGGAGAACGAUUGAGAAUCAUGGACAAUUUGGAUAGAUUACGAAAUGGUGAUUUGAAGGCUGCCUAAAGAGGAGGUACUAUGAAUUUAGUUGCAAAUGCUAAGAAUAUUUUGGGUGAUAUGAAAUAAAUGGAGAAUUUCAAUGCCAAAUUACAUGAUGGAAGAUUUGCAGAACAAUAACAAAGAAUAAAUCAAUUGAAACAACAGAAACCUGAAUUCAUGUAAUUUGAUGGAGAUGAGGCUUAUGGAUAAAGAGCAACUGUAGGAUAGUAGGCUGUGGAUAUGUAUAAAAGUAGGAAUCCUUAGACUCACGGCGAACUGUAAGCUUUUAGAUAAGGAAUUGAAUAACAUGCAAAUAGUAUGAUGGAUUAGAGUAUGUCACAGAGUGUGAAUAUGAGUUAAGUAAGGAGAUAACCCUCCUCCUAAGUCAAUAGAGCACCAGCCACUAGAUUAUAGCCCUAAUAAACUAUAUAGAGUUUUCCUGAUGUUAACUAAUAGCUUUAACAACAAUAAUAAUAACAAUAAUAAAUUGAGGUCUUAAAAAAUGCUUGGGGUGUUCCCAUUCCUUAAUUUCAAAAUAAUCAGUUUCAAAUGCUACCCUAAUAAGCUUAAUAACCAUAAUUUAUAAAUAAUCCCAUGAUGAAUAAUCCUAUGAUGCAAUAUAACGCAUUUGCUUAGCCUCAAAUGAUGCCUGCUUACAACCCAGUGAUGCAACAAUAAUAAUAAUAAUAAGGGUCAACUGCUUUUGGUCAAUUUGCUUUGAAUCAAUUGGCUUUAAAUCAGGAAGGCAAAAAGAUGAAAGAUCCAUGGAGCAUUUUCAAUAGAAAGAAUGAAUUUUUUUUGAUGAAUGAAGUGCGAGGUGUUGAUCUGACUGAAGAGGAGAGAGUGCUGAUGAGUCUAUAGGCUUAAGAAAUUGAUAGUCUUAGAGUAAUUUCUAGAAUUCCUGUAGGGACAGAGUUGUAUAGGUUUAAGGUUGAGUAAUAUAAGGAAUUAUCUACGAUGAGAGCGGAAAUAGAGAAGAUCGUUCAGGAGUAGCGUUUACAGGAUGCAAGGAGAGAGUUUGAAAUGGAAAGGAGAGAGGAUGACAGACAAUGGGAGAAUGAGAAAUGGGUAGAUGAUAAUAAGAAGUUCAUCAUUGAGAAUAGAUUAAGGAAAGAUAAUACCUAGAAAAGAUAGUAGAUGCAGGCGUAUAAUCAAAGUGAGGGGUUCGUAGUUCAUUGGGAUUACACAUUAGGAUUACCUAGAAGGAGCAAUUACAGUUAGGUUGUAUUCGGAGUUUACAAUGGAUAACAGGUGAUUUGUUAGCCAAGAUUGGUUGAACCAAGAGAGAGUGAAACAGAAAAUUAAAAUCAUAACAGAUGCAUCUUUGGUGAUUCUCACUAAGUUUUUGAGGUACCUGCACAUCCAGAUACUCUGAUGAUUAUGGAAGUUCAAAUUCCUUUUAGCAAAAGAGUUGAAGACAACGUAGGCAGAACUGAAACCUAUGGAUGGACUUAAGUGGAUCUAUUUGAUCAUAAUAAAUAAUUGAAAAGAGGGAAAUUUAAAUGCCCAGUCUAUUAUGGACCUACCUACAAGUCCAGAGAUCACUGUAGAAGAGAUCUAGAACUUAGAGCCUAUCCCUAAUUGUUGGACUAUGGGGAAGUCAAAACAAUCUAUCCUGAAUAAACCCAGCAUGAAUACAUAGUGCCUUAUAUCCAUCUGAGAGGAUUGUUUGGAAAGAGAGAAAAGGUGAAAAAUAUGAAAGGAAUGGAAGAAAGCUAUGAAAGCAGAUAUGGGGGCAGAGGAUAUAAGAUGAUUGAGGAGAUUAUAGAGGAGAGUUAAUUGGUGGGAGGAGCAGGAGGUAAAUCCAAUAUGGAGGAAUACGAGAUUACUGGGCAGCCACCUCCUAUGCAGAAGUAUGGAAUCAGGGAGGAAGAACCUCCUGUUUAAGAUGAUGGAAAGUAGAAAGGAUUGAGACUGAUCAUUUAUAGAGUUGAUAACCAUUAGGCUAGAUCGCAUUUGAGAGUGAUGGCAGGAUUAUUUGAGGAGGGCAAUUUAGUUUUGGAUGCUAAUGGAUUGCCUGUUGCAUUUAAUACUUCUAUUCAUAAUCCUUUGGAUCAAAAGAAUAGACAAGUUUUAGCAAAUGAAUACAUUAUACCCUUACACAAACCUAAUGUAGAAUAUGAUGGAAUGAAUAAUAAGGCAUCAGGUCAGGAUAUCAUUUUCUAGGAGGAGUAUAGAGUAUUUCGAAAUUUAUAUGCUAUGAUUAAGAAGAACAAGAAGGACUUAUAUAUUGGAUUAUAAGUAGUUGAAAAACCAGAGCCAGUUGAAUUGCAGGAAUCAAUUUUGAAUGAGACAUAGAAGAACUAUGCAGGGUUGGAAUUCGAUCUAAAAGGGUGGCAAUUCCUAAAAUUGACCUAGGAUGAUGGGAGUCUGUUGACUGGAAGAUUCAAGAUGAAAUUGUUUAAGCCUCCCUUAAGAAGACCACCCAUAGAUCCUACUAAGGUUUAGGAAAUGGAUGAAGUUAUUGACUUUGCUUUGCAUGAAUUUGCGUAUACAGAAAAGGAUAUUGAAGAAUUUAAGAAGUAGAUGAAGCAUAAACACAAGAAACCCAAAUUAGAGGAGAUUAAAGAUAUUCCAUUAGAUAAUAGUCCAUAUAUUCCUAAUUUCUAACAAUAAUGGAUAAAUGAACAAUUCGAAAGAAGACAUGGAAUAGACUUUUAUAUUGAUGGAUUAAGGUUCUUACCUGAUAAAGUAACAGCUUGUAAAAUGUACAUGGAAGUAUACAAUAGAAGAUAUGAAAAAUUAUUUGAUGCUGAAACUGCAGCUCCUGAUCUCAAUAGUAUGGCAUAUAAUCCAACAUUCUAUUUCAGAAGAGAAUUGAGAAAGGAAAAGUUUGAUCCUACUGCUGUUGCUUUAAUCACUGUUGUAACAGUAGAUAAAAGUACUAAUGAUAACAGAAUUGUUGGAUAUGCUGCUAUUAAUUUAUUUUUAAAUCCUGGUACUAAAUCACAACCUGAAGAUUAAAAUGAAGAUAAUUAUGUUGUCUAUUCUGGAGCAUAUUAAAUACCACUAUUUAGUCAAUAGUUGGACAGAACACCCCCAUUUGAUAUGAAAAAGAUUUACUCCCACGAACGAUCUCCAUGUUGUACAGUACUCGUCAGAAUGUUCAAAGCACCUCUUAGUGAAGAUGGCAAAAGAGCACUGUCUAUCAAAGAGUUUCCUAGUUUAAAGGAUCAAAUUGCUAGGAACAUAAUGAGACCUCGUCCUUAAUAUGGUGCAGGAGCUUACAAUACUGAUUUAGCUCCUAUCACUGAAUCUGAAAAUGAGUUAUUUGCUUAAAGAACUAUCAGACCUGAUAUAAGUGUUCGAGAAGCUGCUUAUUUAUUGAUAAAGGGAGAAUAAAUUAACAGAUAAUACAAGGAUAAUGAAAUUAUAAACUAUUUGGACAACCGUAUAUCGUUAACUCAUGAUACUUUUAUGAUCGAUAUGAUGUAUUUCGCCAAAUAUAGACCACAGGCAGGAUUCAAAUUGACUGUGGAUGGACUGCAUAAUGUUGUGAAUCAAUCACACAUGUAUGUGGUGUUUUAUUCUUUGUCAUAACCAGGAACAUUUUAUCUAGAACCCAGAGACAUUACUCAAGGACAUAUGUGUUCUAAUUAUGACUUCGAUUCCAAAAUCAAUACUCCUGAAUUUGAUGAUGCUUGGUUUAAAUUCAAAGAAAAUGCCAACAGAUAUCAGAAUAUAAUUUUGGACAUUAAAUCAGUUCCAUUCUCUAAACCUGAUGGAGCAAUUUCUGAUGUGGGUUGGACUAUAUUGCCAGUGUUCUCCCCGGAUAAUUAUGUCAUGUCCAACUGUUAUCAAUUACCAGUGUUCAGAGGAUCAGUUCCAAGAGCUGUGAUUGAAGAUAUUAAAAAACAAGAUGCUUGGGAUUAUCUUCGAGAUCAAGUCACAAAUAACAAAGUGUUUUAUCUCAAAAAUAUGUCCAUCAUCGUUAGAUUGGUGGAUGCUUAGAGAGAAGGCCAUUUUAAUAAACGUAUGGAUUGCGAUAGAUUACAGUAUAAGUAUUUGCCACAAGGAGAACGAAUCAAACAAUGGUCUUACAAUCCUGCAGUCGUUUUGGAUUAGAUGAGUAUGAAGACUAUCAAAUCUUUGAUACCGUUCAAAGACAAUCCUGCUGCUUACAAUAGAAAAGUCACAGAGUACUUUGCCAAUUCAUAUGGUUUAACCCAAUAUCUUGGAAGUUGA